AUGGUUCGCGUCGCGAAUGCGGUUUUGCGUGGUUGCGGAAUGCAACUCGGGUCGCGGACGCAGCAAGACAGAAGAAAGCAUGGUGGAGCUUGUGGUUUUGCAGAUGAUGUGGCUGGGCCUCCUUACAAUGGCAUGAUAUCUGCUGGAAACAACUUUUUAUUCAAAUCCGGAGCAGGUUGUGGAAGUUGUUAUCAGGUAAAAUGCACAGGGGACCCUGCAUGCUCAGGGAAUCCUGUAAGUGUAACAAUUACAGACGAGUGUCCGGGCUGCAAUGGUGCCCCUGUUCACUUCGACUUGAGCGGUAAAGCCAUUGGAGCCUUAGCCAAACCUGGCCAAGAUGAUAAAUUACGGUCAUUGGGAAAAAUAAAUAUCCAAUAUCAAAGGAUUAGGUGCUCUUAUAGUACACCGAUAACGUUUAAGAUCGAUAAGGGCUCUACUCCAAAUUAUAUGUCGUUCGCAAUAGAGGAUGUUAAUGGAGACGGUGACAUUGGUGCAGUACAAAUAUCUUCUCCAAGUUCGAAAGGAUGGCUCAACAUGCAACGCGUUUGGGGCGUGACAUGGAAAGUUAACCUAUCUAAUGGUAUAGGUGGUCCGUUUUCCGUGAAAGUAACAACAAUCGAGUCCAAAGUAACAUACAUUGCGAAUAAUGUGAUUCCGGCAAAUUGGCAACCGGGCCAACACUAUCAUGGAUGA